UGACAAUGGUGGAGCCCGGGGCAGAGCAACUGGAGGAGGACUCCUCAAUGGACAGAGAACCGAGCAUUGAAUACUUUCCGAAGACGCUGUAGAGCUAAGACACAACACUUUAACUGAGGAUAUUCUUCUUUAAAACGAAGUAGAGCGUUUAUACUUGUUUUUUUUCUGCAUUGGCAGCACAUUUUAAGCGGAAAGGUGUUGGUUUUUUUGAGUAAUUUCCUCUGGGAAAAGAAGAGAGAAGGAAAGUUUAGCGCUCUUGCUUGGAUUUAUAAAAAGUAAAAAAAAUCACUCGGAAGUUAAAGUUUGGGUUGAAUAGAAGUCUGGCUUUGUUUCCUGAAGUUAGUGCGGAUAACCUGGGAGUACUCCUGCCGCCCCCCGGUGGAAAAGACACCCGGACCCACGCUAUGCGCAACAAAGAAACCCUCUCAACUACUGCACAAGUUAUUUAGUAACCAGCGAGCACACUCAGCUCAAAAUACACGGAUUUGCAGAGUUCCAGGAAAUGUGAAUUACACCAGGGUGGAAGAGGAAUUAUAAAUGAGUCUUGUGGAAAAAACAAAGGAGGACACCGAGAGAGAAAUGGAGGAGGAAGGCUGCCUGGAGCCAAACAAGAUACUGGCACUCUCUUUUUUAUCUUAACAAAGCUCAGCUCCGCGUUUAGCGAAACAUUUCCUGUGCCCAUGCUGCAGUGGUUUUCUGUGUGAACAUGAAGGUGGAUGUGUUGCGGUUGUUUGUGAUUUUGCUGCUCGGUGGAGGCUGUGGAGGUUCGGCGGUAUCAUCUGAUUGCAAAUCAUUUGAGGAGCGUUCGAAAAGCGGGGGGAAGAGCCUGCCGUCCGACGACCGGAAAGUGGUGUGCAGCAACAUGGAGCUCCAUCAGGUGCUGCCCCCGGACUCCUUUCCCAACAGGACCGUCACUCUAAUUUUAAACAACAACAAGAUUCAAGAACUCCGAAAUGGAUCCUUCUUUGGAUUAUCUACAUUGGAGAAAUUGGACCUGCGGAGUAACAUGAUCAGUCGUAUUGAGCCUGGAGCUUUCCUGGGACUGCCGGCACUCAAAAGACUGGACUUGUCCAACAACAGCAUCGGCUGUCUCAACGUGGACAUCUUCAAGGGCCUCACCAAUCUGAUCAGACUAAACCUCUCAGGGAACAUCUUUUCCUCUUUGGCUCAGGGGACUUUUGACAGCUUGGUGUCUCUGAAGUCACUGGAGUUCCAGACGCCGUUCCUGCUGUGUGACUGCAACCUGACGUGGCUGCUGCGCUGGAUCAAAGACAGGAACAUGGUGGUGAAGAACACAAAGUGCUCCUUCCCUCAGUCCCUGCAGGGCCAGCUCAUCACCUCCAUCAAGCCCGAGCUGCUCACCUGUGACGCCCCCCUGGAGCUGCCCUCUUUCCAGCUGACCCCCUCCCAGCGCCAGGUGGUGUUUCAGGGGGAUAGCCUGCCCUUCCAGUGCCAGGCCUCCUUCGUGGCCGAGGACAUGCAGGUGCUGUGGUACCAGAACGGCCGCAUGGUCAAACCAGACGCCGCGCAGGGCAUUUUCAUCGAGAAGCACAUGGUGCAGAACUGCUCUCUCAUCGCAAGUGCUUUGACUAUCUCCAACAUCCAGCCGGGGUUCACUGGGAACUGGGAGUGCCGGGUCAGGACAAGCAGAGGAAACACCACCAGGACUGUCCAUAUCGUGGUGCUGGAGAGUUCUGCAGAGUACUGCGCCCCUGAACGCAUCUCCAACAAUAAGGGAGAGUUCAAAUGGCCUCGCACUCUGGCGGGGAUCAGAGCGUACCUGCCCUGCAACAGACUGCCAUCGAGCGCCGGAACGUACUCAGGAGGCUCCGGCGAGGAGCAGCGAGCAUGGCGAUACUGCGACCGCAAAGGUCUGUGGACGGAGGAGGACUACUCACGCUGCCAGUUCCAGAAAGACGUCACCAGAUUUCUGUUUGUCAUCAACCAGAUGGCUCUGAAUGAGAGUAACGUUGUUGCCCGGGCUCGCCGCCUGCUCGUCUACACCAUCGAUGCCGCCAACUUCUCCGACAAGAUGGACAUCAUCUUCGUGGCUGACAUGAUCGAGAAGUUUGGCAAGUUUGUCGAGAAGUUUAAAGAUCUGGGUGAGGUGAUGAUCAGCAUGGCCUCUAACCUGAUGCUGGCAGAUGAGCGCGUGCUGUGGAUGGCUCAGCGUGAAGCCGCGGCGUGCUCUCGCAUCAUCGCCUGCCUGCAGAAGAUCGCCGUCUACCGCCUGGCCACGGCACAGGCCUUCUCCCUGACCUCCCCCAACAUCGCGCUGGAGGCUCACGCUGUCAGGGCCGCCGACUGGAACGGUAUGACCUGCAUGUUGUUCCAGAGGCCGAGCCAGGAUCGCUCACCGGGAGGGGACCGCCAGCUCACCUUCAAAUGCAACACCACCAGCUCUUUCUCCAGCAUCCUGCACAAGAGCACCAUAGUGGAGGCGUCCCUGCAGCUUCCUCAGGCCCUCUUCACCCCGGCUGCGCUCCCCGGGCAGCCAGAGGACACGAUCUACAAGCUCCAACUCCUGGCCUUCCGCAACGGAAAGUUCUUCCCCUCCACCAUCAACUCCUCCCAGCUGGCUGAUGGGGGGAAGAGGAGGAGUGUGGCCACCCCCGUCAUCAUGACCAAGAUCGACGGCAUGACCCUGCGUGUCCUGAGGUCUCCCGUCAACAUCACCCUGCGGCGGUUUGCCCGCGGCUCAGACGCCGUGUCCGCCUGCUGGAACUUCAGCCUAGUGGGGGGGCAGGGAGGAUGGCAGAGCGACGGCUGCCGCAUCCUCGACCAUCACGACAACUUCACCACCAUAUCCUGCAGCACUCUGGGCAACUACGGCCUGCUGAUGGACCUCAGCAGUGUGGAGUACUUCUCUCCCAGCAUCCGGCCCUUGCACCCUGUCACCUAUGCCACUACGAUCAUCCUCCUGAUCUGCCUGCUCACCAUAGCUAUCAGCUACAUCUACCAUCACAGGUCUGUCCGUGUGAGCCGCAAGUUUUGGCACAUGCUGGUUAACCUCUGCUUCCACAUCUGCCUCACCUACGGGGUCUUUGUCGGGGGAAUAAAUCAGACGCGUUAUGCAAGCGUGUGCCAGGCUGUUGGGAUCUUGCUGCACUACUCCACUCUGGCCACCGCUCUGUGGGUGGGGGUGACCGCACGCAACAUUUACAAACAGGUGACGCGGAAGGCCAAGCGCUACGAGGAGCUGGACGAACCCCCGCCCCCACCGCGGCCCAUGCUGAGGUUCUACUUAAUCGGCGGAGGGAUACCCAUCAUUGUCUGUGGGAUCACUGCAGCAGCAAACAUCAAGAACUACGGCAGCCGGACCAAUGCCCCAUACUGCUGGAUGGCCUGGGAGCCCAGUAUCGGCGCUUUUUACGGCCCUGUGGGAUUCAUCAUCUUCGUGGACUGCAUGUACUUCCUCAGCAUCCUGCUGCAGCUGCGCCGCCACCCGGAGCGCCGCUACGAGUUCAAGGAGCUGACGGAUGAGCAGCAGCACCUGGCUCUAGUCCACAGCGAGGCGGGGGCCGACGCUACCAGCAGCCACUGCCACCCCCUCACCCUGCAGCUGCCGCCUGAGGCAUCCUCCUCCGUCGGGUCCGCUCCACACUCGGUGCCGCUGUCGGCACUGGAGAACGAGCACACCUUCGCCGCUCAGCUGAUGGGUGCGGCGGGGGCCUUGGGGCUGUACGGCGCCCUCUGGGUGUUCGGGGCCAUGUCCGUGUCGCAGGACCACCCCUUCGACUUAGCCUUCACCUGCCUGUACGGGGUGGCCGCGCUGGCGCUCGGGGCCUUCAUGGUGGCCCAUCACUGUGUCAACAGACAGGAUAUGAGGCGCUACUGGUCCCAGGCUUGUUGCUCGGGGAGACGGGCCUACUCUGCACAGGAGGACGUGCUCCUGCCUCAGCCGGGCGUGGCAAUGACGUCCACAGCGGGGUCAGCGAGCAAAGCAGACGGGGAGUCGACGAGGUGCGGCCACAGCAGCGCAGACUCUUCUUACACAAAUAAAAGCGCCCACAGCGUGCGUAACUCCGCCCACGGCAGCAAGCUGACCAAUCUGCACGCAGAGGCGGCGCAGUGUAAGCCCGCCUCUGCACCGGUGACUGCUAACGGUGCAGCUGUUUUAGACAACAGCCUGACGGAACAUUCUAUAGACAAUGAAAUAAAGAUGCACGUGGCUCCGGUGGAGGUGCAGUUCCGCCCGAUGAACAACAUCAACAAUCCAGCAGCGCUCCCCAACGGGCACGUGAGCAGGCAUCACAAAAACAGAGCGCGGGCGCACAGGGCCAGCCGGCUGACAGUGCUGCGAGAGUACGCCUACGAUGUCCCCACCAGCGUGGAGGGCAGCGUGCAGAGCGCCUCCCACAGACGGCACCACCAUUACGACGUAGCGGCGCGCAACAGUCGCCGUGCGGCCUACAUGGCAUACAGGGAGCGCCACCAGAGCCAGCUGCAACACGACAGCAGCGACAGCGCCAGCCUUCCACGCCGCCCCCGCCAGGCAGACAAGGGAGGUGGCAGCAAGCUGGGGAACGGGACGGUGGUGACUGUGGAGAAGGAGCAGGUCGAUGCUGAUACUGCGGCCGGGUCCGUCUGCAGUAAAGACUCUGACCCGGCCCCGCAGCCCGACACAGAACUAGAGACACAGCCCAAAUCUUACGGGCUGAACCUGGUCACUCAGAACGGCGGCACCCUCAAAGAAAACGGACAGCUUGUGCCUUUAAUAACCACGGAGAGUGCAGCCAGUAUAAAGACCGGGCUGUGGAAACAUGAAACUACUGUGUAGCGACAGUUUCCGUCCCAAAGACUGCACCGUGACACGCCUUUAAACUGUGAAAUGCUUUUGUUUUUCGAUUGUACAGUUAUUUUAUCAAAUCAUUACUGCCACUGAACUAUCUCUGUAGAUAUGGUUUUUUUGUAAAUGGUCUAUUUUUAUAACUUUAAUCCAAACCUUUUGUGCCAUUUUAAGAGUUGUGUAAUUGAAACUGCAUACCGUUACCCCCGGGGAUUUAUUUUCCAGUUAAUAGUUUCCCAACAAUAAUAAAACAAAAGUGUUGUACACCUAAUUUGAAAGUUGUUCCUCUGAUCCCCUCUCUUUCCAGCCGGGGCAAAGGUGAGCCCGAGCUGUUUUCUUUCCAAGAAUUACUCGUGCUGACAGAAUAUGACAAGCUGGUAAUUGGGUUUCUCGCUGACCUUCAGGUGGCCUCAGGUCCCCCUCCUCAGCGGGCCUUCUUUAAUUGCAGCUGGCUUCAGGCUUAUAGGAGCAUCUCCUGACUGCUGGCAGAUUCCAUGAGUGCAGCACGUCCUGAACUCCCACUGACUUGAUACCUGGGCUGUGAUUGACAGCUGACUCGCAAAGCAGCCGCCAGGAGAAGACAGAAUAAUGAGAGGAGUGUGGCUCGUUCCCCUUCACCUCCUCCUUCCUCCACAGUCCCGGGCAGAGAGCAUACAACAGAUACUUUAUGCUCAGUAUUGAAAUGAUAGAACAUUUUAAAUGUAUGACAUAGUGGUUGUCUGACAGUGAAUCUGUUCCCUUUAAGGGUAGAGCAAGGGGGAUUAUGGGACAAACAACUCUCACCUCUGCUAUAUAGCUGCAAGACACAGACUUAAUGGUCGUUUUUUGUCUCCCUUCGUGCCUCUGUGGUCGUUUUGCAGCUGUUUUGCAUUUAUUUGUGGUUCUGUUCGCUAAACCAUCCAUGUAGUGGUGAAAAUGGUAUUCAGAUCAUUAACUUAAGUACAAACUAUUGUGUUUACCAACAUUAGGGGUCUGAUAUAGGAUAAAUCUGAGCCGUCAACAGCUUUUAUGGAAGUGUGCAAUUAUUGUCAGAAAGUCCAUGUCACACUGUUAGAGUGAAAACCCUCUCCAAUGCUUUAAUAUUAAUAUUCAAUAAGACGAUCGCUCCCUAUUCAACGUGAUAUUCAUGUCUUCUCACAGCAUGGCACUCUCUUGAAAUGUUAAAGGUUGUGCUGUAAAAUGUUCCCUCAAUUUUCCACAUUUAAGAACUCAUCAGCGAUGAACGCCUGCUGAUCACUCCCAUGGCAGAGGAAGCACAGCUCCAAUGGAUCCAAUUUUUCAUUAAUGGCAUAUUAAUAAAACACACCCAGGCAGAGAUAUAUUGCCCAGCCAACUUGGAUGUGACACAUUAUAAUAAGACUUCUGAAUUAUGUAGAGAGCAGUUAUGCCAUGAUUAGUCGCACCCUCACAGAUUUCCUCCAGGCAUGAAAGAGUGAUCUUCAAAUAAUUGCCAAGGUUCUUUAACACUGCCAUUGGUCAUAGAGUUCAUCUCAGGCUGUCAGCGAGGCAGGGAAUGACAAUGGGAGGAUGUUUGUGCUGUGUGAGGAAAAAGCUCAUUAAAGCAAAUGCACUGAUAGCAUCUCUGCUUUAAGAUCACGGGGACACCUUGGGCGGAAAUCCAUAAUAAAUUAAGAUAAAACAAAUGGAGUCAUUUAGAUGUUUUCUUCGUCUCAUUCAGAAGUCUUAGGGUCAGACGCCAGAAAUAGCACAUCAGAGGAUCCUCAUUGUAAACAGUCUAUUUUCAGAAACAGCCAUGACGCCUCUUUUCCAGCCAGUUUCCACUUAGUGUGGGCUGUGGAGCGUAUCUGAGCUGCGUGCCUCACCAGGAGGACGACCAGCGGGAGACAGCUGAUGUCUGUUUACAUUCUCCAGCCGCUGCUCGUCCCCCUGCAGCAGCAUCUGCCUCUGCUGUGGAAACCUGCCUCUGCAAUGAAGAUUGAUACUUUUCCGAGAGUGAAGCCAUCUGAUUGUAAUUAGCUGGCUGUGGCUGUCCAGGGGAGCCACAAAUACUUUCUACCUGCAGUGUGAUCACCUACCCAAAAACCUCCAAGGCCUGUUGUAAAGAUUAAAGCAAUAGUUAGCUCACAGGGUUUGUGAUGAUCGCUGCCUCCUGAGAUAACUGCUGAAUGUAUGUAGUUUGGUAAGUUUUCUCUGAGCAGAUAUUUGCACAGGAAGGGACAUCAGUAUGCAAGUUGUGUUUAAGCUAAGGUCAGGGCUUUUCGCCAGUGUUUGCAGCACUCAACUCACACAAUUACACACAUCAUACUGCCCACCUUCUCUAGACAAAUGUAUGAUUGCUUCACAUUACAGCAACACCAUUAUUAGUUGCUAGUUUGUUUUUAUCAUAAACAUUUCAUACUUGCCCAUAAUUUCCUCAAGAAUAGCUGAUUCACUGUCUUCAGAUUUGCAUUAGGCGAGGGCAACUUGGUUUUUUGCUGAUAAUGCCAAACAGGAGUAGACAUUUUCCUGUCUGUUAUUUAUGGUAAUAGUGGUGAUUGAAUAAAGUUAAUGAUGGAGGAAGAUGAUGCUGCACUAUUUAGUUGUUUUUUCAGGAAGUGACCUUUCUAUUUAUUCAACGGAUAAAAGUGUCAGAAGAAGUUGGCUGUUUAGUGCCAUUUUAAAUAAUCUGCCAGUCAACAAUUUAGAAUAAAACUCCACAUCUCAUCCUGUCAAAUCACACUGCAAAUUCCAUUUUCCACUUCAAAAUGGACUCUUCUCAAUAUUGUGGCGCAGUAGUUCUCAUACUGUGUGGGAUGAAGAUAUUACAUUAAGGUCCUAACUUUGCAUUAAGAUGAAUGGAAGUGACAAAAUUCCAAUAUAUAAGCAGCUUCCUCAUUAAGUACAGCGCAGAGAGCUUGUGUGCAAACCAAAAUAUAUCAUGAUUAAACUUUGGGCACUAUCAGAGAGCAGGACACAAAUAGAUGCUCACUUGGAGAUCUCCAGGGAGGGGGAUGCUGCAGCUUCAAUAUCAUUAGAGCAGUUUGGACUCGGAAUAGUUUUCCCAAAGUUCAAAUGUUAAUUCCUGCAUUGAAAUCAGACAACCUGCACUUUAAUUACAUGUAACAAAUAGUCAAAGAAAAGUGGUCAAUUGUGUUAAUGUUUUUAACUUUUUUAGCUUAGUUCUCUAAAUUCUUCCUAUAAUGAAGAGGGGAAAUUAGAUUCUUAAUGCAUUAUUUUACAGAUUAUUUUCCAGUGUCACACACAUACACACAUUGCCCUCUAAUGAUGACAUCAAGCCUUCUGUGUUGAUGGACCUGUGCUCUCAUUAACGGCCUCACUGCCAUCCAUCUACCUGUGCCAGACAGUGUAGGAGCUCAUUUUGGCCUCAUCUUUCUGUCCAGGUGCUCUGUUAUUUAUAGCCUCCUCAAAAACCGCAUCACUCAUUGUUCAUGGUGACAGAUUACGACAGUGACCCUCUCUCUCACACACACUCAGACAUUAAAGGUUGUCUCCUGGAAUGCAUCUGUCUUGUCGACGUGCUGUAGGGAUUGUAAUGACGCUUAACAUGCGGAUCCAAGGACAGUUCCAAAUAUUGAACAGAGACAUUUCCAAAUACUUAUUGGUGAUCUUUAAUGAUCACAAAAUGAGAGUCGGCUAGCAUAGUGUAACAACUAGCACAUAACCGCGUAUAAUAAUCAUGUUGUUUAAAACAACCAAAUAUAAUUUCUUAAUUUCAAGGUUCUAGCGUGCUCCAAAGCAGAUUUUGUUCCAGUUGUACUAAGUAAGGCUAGCUGUUGCUGGCUAAACAUUUAAACACAUAAUCUUGAAUCUAUUUUGAUCCUGACAUCAAGUUUACAUAGCUUAGUUUACAUAGGCUAUGCUAAUGCUAGCAAACUUUACAGAUGUUGCUCUGUUCACUGACUUUAUUGCUCUUCAUUACUUGCACUACUGUUACACAAUGUAGCAGCAAUUAUUAUGAGCAUUUCUUAAUGUUCUGCUGUCUUACUUUAAUAUUCCUAAAACGUUUUUUAAAGAUCUGAUUAAACACUUUGAAUAAAAAGAUGCUUGAUGAAAAUGCAUGAGGCAAACUGCAGUUAAUGCUUAUCACCUUCACCAACAAAUGUAUCAUUUGAGUUCUUAAAGCUCCUGUUCUCUAUUAUUAGUAUUAUUAUUAUUAUUAUUAUUAUUAUUAUUAUUAUUAUUAUUAUUAUUAUUAUUAUUAUUCUGUAAUCCAGGAUUUCAGGAAACUGGAACAUGUAGCACUAGGUCUGUUCUUUGCUUUUCACUUGCUGCAUGUAAUUCAUGUAUAUUCCAUAAAUAAAUGUGUCUAAAAAUAUU